GCGAGGUGGAGUUAAUCAUUACUGGUGUGCGUUACUGUCACCUGCAGCCGACUGGACCGAUGAAAUGACACUAAAACACAACAGGAGUCCUCUCCUGCUCGCCGUCACCUGCAUGUACUUCUCGGGAGGUUUACUUUGGUCCCACCAAGAAGAGGAUGCCACUCACGGAGAAGAGUGCUCCGAGAAUAAGAUUUCUACAACAAAGUACCCGUGCGUGAAGUCGAGCGGAGAAGUCACGACGUGUUACAGAAGGAAAUGUUGCAAGGGCUUCAAGUUUGUGUUGGGCCAGUGUAUUCCUGAAGACUAUGAUGUGUGUGCUGACGCCCCUUGUGAGCAACAGUGUACUGACCAUUUUGGUCGAGUGGUGUGCACCUGUUACCCUGGAUACCGUUACGACCGUGAGCGUCACAGAAACCGAGAGAAGCCCUACUGUCUGGACAUCAACGAAUGUGCAGACGAAAACAUGACUCUGUGCUCUCAGAUCUGCGUCAAUUCUGUGGGGGCCUACAGGUGUGAGUGUGAGACAGGCUAUUUCCUGGAAGAAGAUGGGAAAACGUGCACCAAGGGGGAGAGAGCGAUGCAUCUCUUUGAGAAGUCUGACAACGUGAUGAAUGCUGGAACUUGCUCAGCCACAUGUGACGAUUUCCACCAGAUCAGGAUGUCUGUCUUGCAGCUUAAACGGAAGAUGGCCAUGCUGUCAAACAGUGCUGACAUCCCUGAGCAGAUGACCAGCGAGAAAAUCCUGCCGUCGCCCAUAUUUUUACCAGGGCCUCCAGGUCUCCCCGGUCCGCCAGGAGAUCCAGGACCAGAGGGCCAUCCAGGACUUACAGGGCUGUUGGGGCCCCCUGGGUCUCCCGGCCCCAGGGGCUUGAUGGGACCCAUUGGACCCACACCAGACCUGUCUCAUAUCAAACGGGGUUCCAGAGGACCUGUGGGCCCUCCAGGAGCGGCAGGAAAAGACGGCCCAAAGGGGGAGAGAGGAGCUUCUGGGCCUGUCGGACCACCAGGCCCUCCAGGCUCCUUUGACUUCCUGCUCCUGCUGAUGGCAGACAUCCGUAACGACAUCGCUGACCUGCAGAGCAAGGUGUACGGGCGACCGAUGCACUCUCCAGGGGACUUUCCUGUGGUGCCUGACAGCUGGCGGGACCACCAGGACAAUCUGGAUACGGGCUCGGGUGAUGACCAUAAGGACCCUCCACCUCCACCAGGCAGAGGAUCCAAGAGGAACAGGAAGAGGAAACCAGCGCGAGAGAGAACAGACUUUGACUGGAAUAUUUAAGGGGGUGGGUUUAAAUACUUACUGUCGGGUGUAAAUAUUGAAGGGGUUUGCAUUUUUUUAUUUAAACAACAUGUACUGUAUAUGCCUUUCAAUCACAGAUGUUUAUUUUUGUAUGAUAUGAGAGUUUGUGUGAAUAUUUUUUAACUAAAUGAGGAGACGAAUGCAUGUUUUUUUUAAUUCUAUAUUUUCAGAAACAUAUGGUUCCUUUGUGGCACAUUAAACAAGUCUCUCAUGAAAGCAGCUUUUAAACUCUACUUUAUGACGGUAUAUUAUUCUGUUUCACACAAAUUGUAUCCGAGAGGUAGCCACCCAAAACCUAAUUGAUUAAUAAAUCAUAAAUGAAUUCACAAGAGGGAUUAAAACGGCACAAAUGUUGGACUGUGACGCAAAUGCCAUUAGUCCUCAUUUGUAAGACACCUCACUGUAGUUUUUAGUUGCUAUGGGAGCAAAGUUAAAAACAUUUAGACGAUGGAAAAGAAUACUGAUUUCUUUUUGUUGCUGUAAAUGUACUUCCACAGAAAUAUUAUGCAGGACAAAAAAAAAAAAAGGUAAACUAUUAUGUACAAACUAGACUGUGGAUCAUGGUUAACUGAUAGUUCUCCACCAGAGGGAGACAUUCUCAAAGCCACUCAGUCGGUCAGGAUAAAUACUUGGAUGAGCAAACUUACAUAAUAACUUUAUACAGCAGCUCAUCCUGCAUCCGAAAUACAUGCGUUUUCUUUUGUACUGGAAAAAGUGCAUCUCUGAUGUUUCUAUU